AUGAAAACUCUUAUCUUAUUAAUCCUCACACUUUUCAUCAUCCAUACCUUCUCACAUGCAGCACCAAUAUUGAUCACUCAGCUUCAACUUCAAAUGAAUCAUUCUUCCAUGCUUAACCAUACUCAACAACAUAUAAAUGAGACUAGAUUGAUGAGUCGUAGAGGUGGAUAUAGAGACUGCAGCUACUUGAUUACCAUAAAAACAAGCUGUGAUUCUCCAAGAUAUUCAAAAGAUCAUAUUGGUCUUUUAUUUGGAGACGCUAUUGACUCCGAGAUUUAUGUUCCAAGACUAGAUGGACCUGAUUCUGGGCCGUUUAGGAAGUGCAGGACGAUGUCAUUUGACGUAAAAGCACCAGAACCAUGCAUGGGAGGAAUAUGCAAACUGUAUCUGUUUAGGAAUGGAACUGAUGGUUGGAUGCCAGAGACGGUUACGGCAUAUGACUAUCAUUACCCUCCUGUCAUUUUUAACUAUAACUUUUUUCUUUCUGAGGGUCCUGGCGUUGGCCAUAACUACUGUGGUAAAUCGUAG